AUGUGGAGGAGAAGAGGAGGAGGUGCCAUGGACGUGGAGUUCAGGCUGGCGCAGCAGCUCCACAGGUGCUCUGCGUCGCCGUGCUGGGGGGCGGUAUGCUGGUCUCUGGAGCCAAGCAUUCGCAGGCUGCCGUGUGCUGAUCAACCUCGUCCCCGUUUCUUUCACGCUGAGGCCGUCCUUCGAAAUCCAUUGCGGAGCGGUUUGGGCAUCAUGUUGACCUGCGAACCUCCUGGAGGCUGCAGCAAUGUAAAGGAGGACGUGGCCCGAGAUCUAGGCAAUCCCAUGGUGGAAGAAGACUCAGAGGCCGACGAGUUCGGGCUGCGGAUCCCGUGGUCUGACUGUUCUGCGACGCACUAUUCUGGCGUACUUCCAGGCUUCUUCCUUUCUUCGCUUGACAAGGAAUGUCUGACACUCCAAGCCGUCCUCAGAGUAUGGAUCGCCAAGGAGAAGCACAGGUGA